UGUAUUCACCGAAUUAUUAUGUCAUUACAUUUUCUAUAAAUAAAUGCAUAGAAUUCCCAUUAUGACUUUCGAACAUUUUUACUCAAAUAUCAUAUAUGUCCGUAUUUCUGGACAUAUCUGAUAAAAAAAGUAAAUAAUCAGAUGGAUGCAUCUGGUAUCGUUGGAGGUGUAGGCUGGCCGCGGGCGGGAAAUUCAGUCCAGGAAUGAAUUUGAAAUAUACGGACCUACUUCGCACUCUUCAGCUCAUCCUUAGUUUUAAUGAGAUGUCUCGAGAUGACAGCACCAUUCGUCGCACCGUUUCCAGAUUUGCAAGUCAAGCUCGCAACAUUAUAAUGAAUGUUCAUCGUUACUUCAGCUUACAGUGGGGAGCAGACUCAAGAAAUGAAGUAUUUGAGAAGACCGCCAAAGCUACAGGAGUGCCAACCAACACAGUGAAAAAAAUCAAGCGACAGUCAUCUGAGUGUGGUAACGUCCCCUUCGCUUCACCUGUAUAUCCCAGGAAGAGGAUCCGAGUGAAGGACAAGGUGGAUAGUUUUGAAAAUGAGUGUAUUCGGAAGGAGAUUUUGUCUUUUUACGAGAGAGGAGAGCUCCCAACGUUAGAUGCCCUACUGGAAAAAGUGAAGGAAGACCCGGUAAAGUUUAAUGGUGGAAUAACAACGUUAUGGAAAAUUGUGAGAGGGCUUGGAUUCCGGUACAAAAAAGUGACGAGUGGAAGAGCAAUUUUAAUGGAACGUGAUGAUAUAGUGGCAGCGAGAACUGAAUACCUACGGUUAAUUGAAAAGAAUAGGAAUUGUAGUGCAACUGAACGUAAAACUGAAGUAUUCCUUGAUGAAACUUGGAUAAACCAAAAUGAAUGUGUACGUCAGUGUUGGACAACGGGUGAAGGAGAAAUAGGACCCAAACUUAAGACUGGAAAGGGGUUAAGAUUUAUUGUGGUGCACGCGGGUAGUGAGAAGGGGUUUGUCAAAGAUGCGCUAUUGUUGUUUAGGUCAAAAAAUGGUGCCAAAGGGGACUCCCAUGAUUCCUUGGACCAUGAAAGGUUUUUAAAGUGGUUUAAGGAACAACUAUUGCCUAAUAUAGAAGAUAGAUCUCUAAUCAUAAUGGACAAUGCUCCCUACCAUAGCAAAAUAGAAAAUAAAGUGCCAACAACCAGCAACAGAAAAAGUGAAUUCAUAGAGUGGCUUUCUUCUAAUAACGUCACCCACGACCCAUCAGCAACAAAGCCAAAAUUGCUGCAGAUUGCCAAGUGUCACAAAGAAAAACAGAGGUAUGUGAUAGAUGAGAUAGCCCGUGCAAAUGGUCAUGAUGUGCUCAGACUGCCACCAUAUUAUUGUCAGUUUAACCCCAUAGAACUUAUAUGGGCUCAAAUAAAGGGGGAUAUCAGAAAAAAUAACUCUAAUGCAAAUCAAUCUUUGAAAACUGUUGAGCAGCUUACGAGACUGGCGAUAGACAAAGUUACAACAGAACACUGGAAGAAAUGUUUUCACCACGUUAAGAAAUUAGAAGAUGAUUAUAGGAGGAAAGAUGUUGCUAGAGAGCAUAUGUUUGAAAGUUUUGUUAUUGACAUUGGAGAUGACGAAACUGACAGUGAUGAUAUUGAUAUUAGGGAGGAUGACACUGACCGUGAUGAUAUUGAUAUUAGUGAGGAUGACACUGACAGUGAUGAUAUAUAUCAAUGAUUUUCCAUUAUUAUUAUUUUUUUUUUAAGUUGAAGACCUAAC